AUGAAUGGGUCACCAGUUAACAACUUAGAAAAGCCUAAUAACGCCAAUCUCUCGGCUAGGCCUACAGGUUCACCGAAGCCACCUAAUAAACUAAAUACAAAUAAUAAUCCAUUUUUAAAGAAACCAGUUCCAGCACAUCUUAUUGGAAAUUUACCUAAGCACAUGAGAGCGAAAGCUAUGGCUGCUUUACCACCAUCUUUACCAAAAAGCAAUUUAAUAUUAAAAAAGGAAUAUACUAUUACUUCUUCUACUUUAAAUAAAAUUAAAAAGUUAAAUAUAAUGAGAUUUCAUAGUAGUCAACCUGUAGAUAUAACAAAAUUUACUGUUCCAGUGAAACUUCAAAGGCGUGAUCCUGAUGCUCCACAACAAAAUUUGAUAUUAAGUCGUCAAAAUCAAAUUAUUUCUAAUACUCCUAAAGUAGUACAACAAAUUUCAACUCCUUCUACACCUACAAGUGGAGCUGAUGCUUCUCUUAUUGCUCCUUAUGCUGGUGCAAGGCAUAAUAAAAAAAAUCUUUUUAAAAAAAAAACUACUCAAAUAUUUUUGGCUGAUGAUAGUCAAAGGAAACUUAAAGCUGAAGAGAAAUUACCAUGGGUAUUAGAAGAUUAUGAAGGUGUUACGUGGAUUGGUGAAUAUGAGGGUGGUGAUAGCGCAAAGUAUGGUGGUGAUAAAUUAGAAUUUGUUGAAAUUCAUCGAUUUUACACUUUUAACCGUAAAUUGAAUUAUAAAACACUCACAAUUGAAGAGGCAGAAGAACAGAUGGCGAAAGCUAAAAAAAGAGAUAAUGAUAGAUGGAUGAUGAGAUCAUGGGGUAAAACUAAAAAUGGUGAUGAUUUAGCUGUAGUAGAAGGUGGAAUAUUCGAUCCAAAAUCUACUAUAAAAGUAGUUGAAGGUGAGGAAGAAUUGAUCGGAUCAGAUGAAGAAUCAAGAAUUCCUUCUAGAGAGGAAUAUGAUGAAGAAGAGAUGGAUUUCGAAGAAGUCUUUGAGGAUGAUGAAGAAGAAUUACCUGAUGAUGCAAAUCCCCUUAUUGAUGACGAAACUAAGGAGGUUAGCAAGAUGAAAAGAAAAGUAACUAGUAAACACACCUAUGAACUUAACGAAUCGGAUGAUGAUGAUAAAUUGACGAAUGAAGGAAAGCAACUCAAAAAAUUACUCAGAACUGCUGAAAAUAACGACGCCUAUGAUAGUGAUCAUGAAGAUAAUCCAUAUUUCACGGAAAGUGAAGAUUCUGAAACUGAAGAACCGUCAUCACCUAAACCUCCAGCUGCAACAUCAACCACAAAACCUGAGAAACCAAAACCUCCUUCUAAACCAAAAGUAGCAAAAGAUAAACUUACACCUUCUAAACAAAAAGUGCUAGGAAAGAACAAAUCAACCACAGCAUUAAAACAAAAACCUCCUGUCAGUAAACCUACAAUUGAGAAUAAGGUUAAUACUACGUCUAUCAGUGUUUCAUCGAGUAUUACUUCGACAAUUCCAUCGAAAAUCAAAACAGAAAGACCUAGCAGUCCGAUAAUUGAAGGUUCUGCCACACAAAAGACUAAACCUUCUGUUUCCGCAAAUAAUUUGCCUCCAAAAUCUAAACCAGUAAAAAAAGUUGGAGUUCCUGUGAGCGAUUCGAAGCAAGUAAUCAAUAAAGUAACAGUCAAAAAACCAGUUGCACCUAGUCAAGUCACACCACUAAAUCGUCCUCGUCCUGCCGAGUCUGAUUCUAAAAUGACUACUGUAAAACGUCCGAGAACCUUAGAUACGACAGAACAAUCCGCCAAUGAUCCUGCAGCCAAACGUGUUAAGACUACAGACACUAAAAUUAACAAGUCUCAUGCAUCUGCUGAUACUGAAUCAAGUAGUAUAACAAAUAGCAUCACAAAGCGUCUAAGGCAGGAUGAACCUGUGAACAGUAAUCCAGCAGCCAAAGUUUCAGUUAUCCAGAAUGUAAAACGAAUACGUCCUUCCGAUACUAAAGGUCCUUCCGACACUAAAACAAGUGUAGUUACUAAAACUAAAACAGCUCAAAACACGUCAACUUCUACGAGUCGUACAACAAAGCCGAGUUCUUCUACUAAUGUAGGUAGCGACUCACGAUUAAUUUCAGAAGGAGAAAUCAAGAAACUUAUUGAAACCAAGCAAGUAAAGGUUGCAGAUGUUAUUAAAGCCUUCAAAAAAAGGAUCAACGAGGAUUCGCGCAAUAAAGAUCGACUUCUUAACAUCACAAAGAAAAUUGCUUAUUAUAAAGAUGG